UGUACUUAGCCACGGAGGUGCUCAGACAUCAGCUUGGCGCCUGUUUUCCCUGGUACCACUGUGUGCCCAGCUCAGCAGGUGCUGACCUCCUGCUUGUAGAUGUGCCCAGGGCUGGGACAGGUAGCGUCCGAUGCCAGCUCAUUGCUAGCGCUAGUCUUACAACAUCAAGCAUAUUGCUUUGUGGUCAGCCUUUUUGUUUGUUAAUCACAGAUUACUGAACGAGAAUUAAAACCAGGGGGUGCCAACAUCCCAGUUACAGAGAAGAACAAGAAGGAGUACAUUGAGAGGAUGGUGAAGUGGAGGAUUGAGAGGGGCGUCGUGCAGCAGACAGAAAGCCUGGUGCGCGGCUUCUAUGAGGUUGUGGAUGCCAGGCUGGUAUCUGUUUUUGAUGCACGAGAACUAGAACUGGUCAUCGCAGGCACAGCUGAAAUAGACCUGAGUGAUUGGAGAAACAACACAGAAUACAGAGGAGGAUAUCAUGACAAUCACAUUGUAAUUCGGUGGUUCUGGGCUGCAGUGGAAAGAUUCAACAAUGAACAACGACUGAGGUUGUUACAGUUCGUUACAGGCACAUCCAGCAUUCCCUAUGAAGGAUUUGCUUCUCUCCGAGGCAGUAAUGGCCCAAGAAGAUUCUGUGUGGAGAAAUGGGGGAAAAUCACUGCUCUUCCCAG